UAACCUUCAACUUCAAACCUUUGAAGGUGACAACUUAUCGCAUAUCGGACUUGUUCUUUGUAAUCUAUCUUUCGUUCAGGACAGUUGACUAAAAUGGCUUUAAACAAGUUGAGCAUUGAUAAAUUAAACCUUGCUGGAAAAAGGGUUCUAAUGAGAGUUGACUUCAAUGUACCAAUGAAAGAAGGCAAGAUCACAAACAACCAACGUAUUGUAGCUGCUUUAGAUUCUAUCAAGUAUGCUUUGGACAAGGGAGCCAAAUCCGUAGUCUUAUGCUCUCAUCUAGGUCGGCCGGAUGGCAGCAAAAUCCUCAAGUUCACUCUUGCUCCUGUUGCUGAAGAAUUGAAGAGUCUAUUGAAAAGGGAUGUUACUUUCCUACCGGAUUGUGUGGGACCUGAGGUAGAGAAGGCUUGUGCAGACCCAAAGCCUGGUUCACUAAUUCUACUUGAGAAUUUGCGUUUCCAUGUCGAGGAAGAGGGCAAAGGUGUCGCUCCAUCCGGAGAAAAGAUCAAGGCAGCACCAGAACAAGUAAAAGCAUUCAGAGAGUCUCUCCGCAAGCUGGGAGAUGUUUAUGUAAAUGAUGCUUUUGGCACGGCUCACCGAGCGCACAGUUCUAUGUUGGGCGAAGGAUAUGAACAGAGAGCUGCAGGGUUUCUACUGAACAAGGAACUCACCUACUUCGCUAAGGCCUUGGACAACCCAGAGAAACCCUUCCUUGCUAUCUUGGGUGGAGCCAAAGUUGCUGACAAAAUUCAAUUGAUUGACAACCUUCUGGACAAGGUUCAGGAGAUGAUCAUUGGGGGAGGGAUGGCUUACACUUUCCUCAAGGAGCUGAAAGGAAUGAAGAUUGGAAACUCACUGUUUGACCCUGAGGGUGCUAAGAUCGUCAAGAAUCUGACAGAAAAGGCUAAAAAGAAUGGAGUUCAAAUCCAUUUGCCUGUAGACUUUGUGACUGCAGAUAAGUUUGCCGAGGAUGCAGCGGUUGGUUCCGCAACUCUAGACAGCGGAGUACCUGAUGGAUGGAUGGGGUUGGAUGCAGGUCCCAAGUCUAGCCAACUCUUCAAGGAAGUUGUGGACCGAGCUAAAGUUAUCGUAUGGAAUGGACCUGUUGGUGUGUUUGAGUUUGAGAACUUCGCAAAAGGUACCAAAGCAGUGAUGGACGCAGUGGUAGAAGCCACCAAGCGGGGGGCGACCACCAUCAUUGGUGGGGGUGACACCGCCACCUGCGCCGCCAAGUGGGGAACGGAAGACAAACUGAGUCAUGUCUCCACCGGCGGCGGUGCCAGCCUUGAACUAUUAGAAGGUAAAAUUCUUCCCGGCGUUGCGGCUCUGAGUGAUCCGUGAACGGCAUUUACACAAUACACUGAUUAUUUUACUGAUUGGCCAAUUAGAUAUGUUUUAGAUGUAAUAUCAAUUAUUGUACGUACAGAUUUAUAUACAGGCUAACCAACACUGCUGUGUAUAUUAAAAUUGUUUCCAAUUAUAUGAAUUUUUUUUAUAAAAUGAAAUAUACUUGCAUUCCAAGAUGUGAA